GCGAAGGCGAGAGGUGGCAGGUUCGACGGCCGCGUCGCAGUUUUACGGCAGCGUGGUUCGGUGCCGUCGUGCGGCGGCCAGCGGUAGCCAAUGAGAGCGGCGUCCCCGCCCCCACGCAAGCGCCGCAAAGUGCGGACGAGUCGCGGCGGGGUUGGCGCGUGUGGGCGUUGUCACGAUGGAAGCCAAAAGUAAAAAGAAGUUCGUAGGAAAGGGUGGAAGAGUGCCUCAUGGGAAAGCAACACACGGAAAAAAGAAAUUUAAGAAAGAUAAUGAUUCUGGUCCUCCAAAGAGAUUCCAUAACAAAGGAGAUGAGGAGGCGAAGUCUAAAUCCAUUACCAAGAAAUUCGUGAAAGGAAACUUAAGACCUGGAAAAGCUAGUGUCAAACAAUUCAAGAAUAAACAGCAAUCAGAAAAAAAUGGAAAGAAGAGAAAGCUCCAAGAUGGUGAAGAGAAAGGGCCGGAUUCUAAGAAGCCUAAAUGGAAUGAAUUCAAAAAGAAAAGGAAAGAAUUAAAGCAAAGCAGACAACUUAAUGACAAAAGCAAUUAUGACAUAGUUGUAAAAUCAAAGCAAAUAUGGGAAACUGUGAGAAGGAAGAAAUGUGAGAAAGAGAAGCGAGAAAAGCUAAUGAAUGAGCUACAAAAGCUGCUUCACGGGAAAAUUAAAAGUCUGGCAUUUGCACAUGAUUCAACUAGAGUGAUCCAGUGCUUUAUUCAAUAUGGUAAUGACAAGCAAAGGCAAGAGACAUUUGAAGAGCUAAAAGAUAGCCUUGUAGAGUUGAGCAAAUCUAAAUAUUCCAGAAAUAUUGUGAAGAAGUUUCUUAUGUAUGGGACAAAACCACAAGUUGCAGAAAUAAUGAAAAGUUUUAAAGGCCAUGUGAGAAAAAUGCUCCGUCAUGCUGAAGCGUCUGCUGUAGUGGAAUAUGCAUAUAAUGACAAAGCCAUUUUGGAGCAAAGGAAUAUGCUAACAGAAGAGCUAUAUGGAAACACUUUCCAAGUUUAUAAGACACCGGUUCAUGCAACACUGGAUAAAGUGUUAGAAGCUCAACCUGAAAAGAGAGAGGCCAUUCUGGAUGAAAUGAAACAAAUUCUUACACCAAUGGCACAGAAGGAGGCUGUGGUAAAACAUUCACUGGUACAUAAAGUAUUUUUGGACUUUUUCACUCAUGCUCUUCCGAAGCAAAGAUCUGAGAUGAUAGAAGCUGUCAGGGAAGCUGUCAUCUACCUGGCACACACUCAUGAUGGAGCCCGAGUAGCAAUGCACUGUUUAUGGCAUGGUACUCCCAAGGACAGAAAAGUCAUUGUGAAAACCAUGAAGACAUAUAUUGAAAAAAUAGCAACGGGUGAAUUCUCUCAUUUGGUCUUGCUGGCAGCAUUUGAUUGCAUCGAUGAUACUAAACUUGUGAAACAGUUAAUAAUAUCUGAAAUAAAUGCUUCCUUGCCUAGUAUAAUAAAGAACAAACAUGGAAAGAAGGUCUUGUUGUACUUGCUAAGUCCCAGAGACCCUGCACAUUUUGUGCCAGAAAUCAUCACACUUCUGCAACAGGGAGAUGGAAAUGCCUAUAGUAAGAAAAAUACAGAACUCCGUCGCCAUGAACUCCUGGAAGCCAUUUCCUCACCUUUGCUAGAGUAUUUGCAAGAACAUACUCAAGAAGUAGUGAUGGACAAAAGUUCUUUUGUCUUAGUUGCUGACAUCUUAGGAACAGCUCUUGGAAACAUACAGCCCACACUAGAUGCGAUUGCUAAUUUGGCAACAGAAGAGCUUGUUCCAGGUGGUUGCGAUGGGCAGCUUCACAUUGCAGAGCAUCCAGCAGGCCAUCUAGUUUUGAAAUGGUUAAUAGAGCAGGAUGAAAAAAUGAGAGACAGUGGAAAAGAAGUUUGUUUUGGAAGAACAUUGGUGGAACGUGUUGGUAUUGAAAAUAUGAAGUCAUGGGCUGAAGUGAAUCGAGGCGCCAUUGUUCUUUGUUGCCUUCUCCGGAGCACUGAUCAAAAAGUGGCAAAUACAGUCAGAAAAGGACUGAGAAGUCUUGUCCCAAAAUUGAAGCAAAAUAAAAAUGCAAAAGGUAUAGAAGCGUUAUUAGAGAAAUUGACUUCCUCAUGUAAGAGAAGCUAAAGAGACCAACUACAUCAGUGGAGCCAACUGUGAGUUGUUAAGACUUUGCAUGGUGCUAUAUUUUAAGAAGCAUUGUAUGCAUUUGUAAAAUAAACCAUCUCUAAAAUGA